CCCACCACACUCCCCCUCCUUCCAAUCCCCUUCCCCAUAAAACCUGUCACAGGCACAAAACGAAAUCCCACUCCUCCGUCUUCCUUCCCCCCAAAACCCUAAUUGAAAGACCUCAUCCCCCUUCCCUGAUAGCAGAAAUGGCCGCCAUAAACUCCACCGUUUUGGCUUGCAGCCAUGUCAUCUCAGCCCCAUCCAUGGCCGGCAUCAAGCUCGUUUCAACCUCCACACCAUCGGCCGCACCGAUCUGUCCCUCCUCCAUAAAAUCGCCUUCUGUAAGAGCCCAGAAAUCUCCGUCAAUUGAACCAAAGGAAGCAGGUGAGGGGCGAAGGGCGGCUCUCGUCGGCUUAGCUGCGGUCGUCUUCUCUGCCUCGGUGGCGACCGCCACCUCUUCAGCUAAUGCUGGCAUCAUCGAAGAAUAUCUUGAGAGGAGCAAAGCAAAUAAGGAAUUGAAUGAUCAGAAGAGGUUGGCUACCAGCGGCGCAAACUUGGCACGUGCUUACACUGUGGAAUUUGGCACGUGCAAGUUCCCUGAGAACUUCACCGGUUGCCAAGAUUUGGCUAAACAGAAGAAGGUGAAGUUCCUCACUGAGGACUUGGAGUUGGAAUGCCAAGGGAAGGAUAAGUACAAAUGCGGAUCAAACGUUUUCUGGAAAUGGUGAAAUGUUUUCAACAAAACUACUUUAAGCCCUCAUCUGUAGUAUCCGUGCAUGUAAUGAGUAGAUUCUGAAAGUUCACAUUGGUUUCCUCUUCUUUGUUUGUUUCUGUGUAAUUCCCUGCAUCAAAUGAGUAGCAAUUCAGUAAAUCUUCGAACAUCUAAUGAAAGAUCUGGGGAAAUAUGCAAAUAAAAUAUUUGUAAAAUAAUGUGUUUUAAUUUAAACGUUGAGACUCUUGUAAACGAUGAAAUUUCACGUU